AUGAAGCCCGCCGAGGCAGAGCGCUUCCAGCGGCUCUUCGUCUGGGCAACAGACAACGGCUCGACCCUCCACCCGCAGGCGGAGGUCUACAGCGAUGACCUCACAAAGUUCUCCCUGCGCGUGAAGCCAGACGCCGGCGGCUCCCUCCCCGCCGGCGACGUCGUCGUCUCAUGCGCGCUGCCCACGACGCUGUCGUACCUCAACGCCCUCGUCGGCGGACCGCUAGGCCAGGCGCAGCAACCAGCAGGACGCGACGCCGCCUUCCCGCAGCGCUUCCUCGACGAGACCCCGCCGCACGUCGUGGGGCGCUUCUUCCUCGUGCAGCAGUACCUCGCCGGGCCCAGCUCCUUCUGGCAUCCGUACAUCGCCACCCUGCCGCCGCCGGAGCACAUGGCCGGCUGGGUGCUGCCGGCCUUCUGGCCCGAGGACGACGCCGACCUGCUCGAGGGCACCAACGCCGCCGUCGCGGCCGAGGAGAUCCGGGGCCACGUCGCGCGCGAGUUCAAGGCCGCGCGCAGGCUGCUCAAGGAGCUCGCCUUCGACCGCUACAGGGACUACUCGCGCCUGCUGUACAACUGGGCCUUUUGCAUCUUCACCAGCCGCAGCUUCCGCCCUUCGCUCGUCGUCUCGGACCGCGCGAGGCGGCAGCUCGAGGAGGAGGCGAGUAUCCUGCCGGUGGGCUGCGCCUGGGACGACUUCUCCCUCCUGCAGCCGCUGUUCGACAUCGCGAACCACUCGCCCCUCGUCGGCAUAGACUGGGACUGCGCAGAGACGGGAGGAAGCAGCAGCGGCGACGCCGUCCACGACCACCGGUGCCAGUUCCGCUCGCGGCAGGCCUGGCCGCCGGGGCAGCAGAUCUUCAACAACUACGGGCAAAAGACCAACAGCGAGCUGCUGCUGGCCUACGGCUUCGUGCUGCCCGAGGCGCGCGACUUCCACAACGACUACGUCCACCUGCGCAAGAGGCAAGGCCGGCGGCCCAGCGUCCCCUGCGGCGCCGACGCCGCAGCGGACGCCGAGGGGAUCCCGCGCGCCGCGGGGGCCAACAACAACAAGCCCAGGGACUUUCUCAUCUCGCUGCGGCCCAUGAACGACCCGUCCUCGCGCGCCGGCCGGGCGCGGCAGACGGUGCUCUCCGACCCCGGGCUGGCCCUGCUGCCGCAGUUUUCGCGCCUCGAGGACUCGCUCCUCUGGGACAUGCUGCAGGACUUUGCGACCGGCGGCAGCGGCGGCGCGGAGCACCUCUCGGCGCUGGCGGGCCUGAUCCGCCAGGACUCGGCGGCCGAGGGCGUCGUCGCCCGAGACCACAGCGACGGCGAGGCGCCGCCUGUGUUGACGCACCACCAGCUGGAGGCCAACAGGGCGCUCGUGCUGACGCGGGCGUUCGCGCGGCCCGAGGCCGAGGCGCUGGCGCCGAUGCGCGAGGCCAUCCGGCACACGCUGCUGGACAAGCUGCUGGCCGACUACGAGGCGCUGCGCGACGGGGACCCGGACGACGACGACUGGAGGCGGGAGGUCGGGGAGCAGCAGCCGCGGGGGGUGACGGCGAACCAGCGGCUGGCGCUGCAGUAUCGCGGGCAGUGCGACCGGGUGCUGCGGGCGGCGAUCGGGGCCCUGGAUCCGGGCGUCAGGCUUGAUGUUGUGACGUGA